GCAUUUACAGGGUUUAUUUAACAUGAAUUAGAAUAUGCUGCGUAUGUUCUCUAAGAAGAAAAUGUGCAGCUCAGUUUAAAAUUCAUACAACAACCACAAUAAUCUCCUCCCUCUCAGCGAUCUCAUGCGGAAGCUGGUGUCCGGGCUGAUGCGCAUGCCCAGUGGAGUUGCAUAACCGAAAAAGUUAUACAACAUUCCAAUUUUGUGGAAGGUCAGCAUUGAAGAGAGAGUGCAAAUUGACAGCUAUAGCAGGUCAACAGCGCCUGUAGCUGGCAGCUCAAAGCCGGUUAUUAAGCAUUGCUUGCCGAUCAUUUUGCCACAGACUGUCAGUAAUUUACUGUCCCCGGCGUUUGGUUUGUGUGGGGCUGCAGUGUGCUAAACAAAGAAGCAACAUGUCUAAGAAUGAUAAACAAGCCCACGAGACGACUCGUUGCAAUGCUAACGAUUCUGAGUACAAGAAAAAUAUUGAAAAGAAAUCAGAUAAAAAGAAAACUGCAUUUUCCAGCUUGUCCAACAGUCUGAAAACAUCCACAAAAGUAUCAAUGAAGAAACCUAAUCAUAAUGGCUCCUGUCGGGAAGAUUCCCCAAAGCUUCAAUCUAAGGGAAAAAGAAAAGUGGAAGACAGAGCUCCAAGAUUAAUUGAGGGAGAAAUGUCCAAUCCUAGGAUGAAUAAAAAGAGGAAAAUUGAAGACCAGGCUGAGGCGUCUCCCUCUAGAGAAAGGAAUCUGUUGGAAAGUAUCAAUAAGUCACGUUUGUCCACAGCAAAAUCGGUGGAAGAAUUUAAUUUUAACAAAAAACGCAUCCGUCUCCUUUCUAAAACAGAGAGCAUCAGGGAAAACUCUCAGGGAAUUAUUUACUGGAUGUCCCGCGACCAGAGAGUACAGGAUAACUGGGCUUUCUUAUAUGCACAAUGGCUAGCUCUUAAGCAUAAACUCCCACUCCAUGUCUGCUUCUGUCUGGUGCCCAAAUUCCUAGAUGCCACCAUCCGCCAUUUUGGUUUCAUGCUGAAGGGACUCCACGAGGUUGCUGAGGAAUGCAAGCAGCUGAAUAUUUCUUUCCAUUUACUUAUUGGAUUCGCCAAAGAUGUAUUGCCAGACUUUGUUAAAGAGCACAACAUUGGAGGGAUGGUUACAGAUUUCUCUCCAUUGCGUCUCCCACUGGAGUGGAUUGAGAAUGUGAGAUACAACCUACCAGAAGAUAUACCAUUUAUUCAGGUCGAUGCUCACAAUGUUGUACCCUGCUGGGUAGCUUCAGACAAACAAGAAUACAGUGCCAGAACAAUCAGGAAGAAAAUUCAUGAUAAACUCCCUCAGUUCCUGACAGAUUUUCCUCCAGUUAUCCAGCAUCCUUUUAGCUCAUCCCUGAAGGCAGAGCUGAUUGAUUGGGAUGCAGCCGCAGCAAGCCUUCAAGUGGAUCGUACAGUUAAGGAAGUUGACUGGGCUAAACCCGGGACUGCAGCAGGUCUAACUAGGAUGGAGUCAUUCAUUAACGAGCAGCUUAAGCAUUUCAACACUGACAGAAACAACCCAAGUAAAACUGCCUUGAGUAAUAUGUCACCAUGGUUUCACUUUGGUCAGAUUUCAGUUCAGCGAGCAGUUCUGGAAAUAAGGAAAUACCGCAACAAGUUUAAGGACAGUGUGGACAGCUAUAUUGAAGAAGCUGUAGUACGACGGGAGCUGGCAGACAACUUUUGUUUUUACAAUAAACAAUAUGACAAGAUUGCAGGUGCUUCUGAUUGGGCACAGAAAACUUUGCAAAUGCACAGCAAAGACAAACGGCCAUAUGUUUAUACGCUGAAAGAACUGGAAGAUGGGCGAACACAUGAUUCUUUGUGGAAUGCAGCACAGCUUCAGAUGAUCCAUGAGGGGAAGAUGCAUGGUUUUCUUCGAAUGUACUGGGCUAAAAAGAUUUUAGAGUGGACUGCUUCACCUGAGGAAGCCUUACAGUUCUCCAUCUACCUGAAUGAUCGCUAUGAACUGGAUGGCAGAGAUCCAAAUGGAUAUGUAGGUUGCAUGUGGUCAAUCUGUGGAAUCCACGACCAAGGCUGGAAAGAGCGACCAAUCUUUGGCAAGAUUCGCUACAUGAAUUAUAAUGGCUGUAAGAGGAAAUUUGACGUUGGCCAGUUUGAAAAGAAGUAUAACUACAAGAAGUUUACAAAUCCAUUGUAGAUCAGUGUACAUCCUUUCAUAAAAUUGAAUUUACGAAGCAUUUGUUCCUUAAAUCUGAAAUGCAGGGCAAGUGUGGGGCGUGGGAGAUAGAUUUUGAAAGAUAGCCUUAAAAUGCAAAACAAGAAAAGGCCAUUCGAGUGCUCAGACACACUCUUAUCACAAGCAUUGUAUCAUGUACCCUGUCAUACAUUAGACUCCUCUUAUUCUGACUUGUUCAAUGUUUGAAUGAAACUCAUGGAUCUACACAGGCAACAGAGCAAUAUUCCAGAAUUUCUUUUUACUACUAACCAUUGCCAAUUUUUGACUUUCUUGGUGCUUUCUUCAAAUUUAAUUUCUCCUAAAUUAUGACACUGCAUUACAAUACAUAGAAGCAAUCUAUUUAGAACAUCUUCCGCUGUAACUAUUGAAGUAUUCCAGCUAAGGGCUUCUACUGUCCGUUGCUGGUUGACAAGGUCAGAAUUCACACGACAGCAGGUUAUUGUCCAAAAGUUUUAUUUGAAAACACAAGCUUUCAGAUCCUCGGUCCUUCUUCAGGUGUUAGUGACAGAGGUAUUACCAGACACAGAAUUUAUAAGAUCAAAGAUUCAUUGUGACCCUUUGCUGUCGUGUGAAUGCUGACCUUGUCAACCAGCAAUGGACAGCAGAAGCUGUUAGCUGGAAUACUUCAAUAGAGUGACAAGACUGCCCUACCUUUGCAGCACGCUGAAUGGUUUAGUCUCAACUUCAGUAGCUCACCCCACCCCGUAAUCCCAACCGGAUGGUGAACUUGCAUUGUAGCCACUCAUUGGCCAAUUCUAGGAAAAACCUUACCCCAAAUGCUAAUGGGACUAGAUUUAUCUAGGAUAUCUGGUCAGUAUGGACAAGUUGAACUGAAAGGGCCUGUUUCCAUGCUGUACAUCUCUAAUGACUAGUUUGAGCAGACAGCGAGGUUACAAAACAAAACCUCUCACUUGUACAGCACUUCACGAUCUUUGGAAGUCACAAAAGACUCUACAGCCAAUUAAGUUUUUAAGUUUGUGACAGUUUGCUGUGUACAUACUGGCUGCUGAAUUUUAAACACAAGUACAAUCAUUAGUAUAUUAUUGGAAACCAACUCCCACAUAUAGUAGUCUGAUAAUGACUAGACAUAGGUAGAUGAUAAGUCUGCUCUGCUGUUUAAUGAGAUCAUAGCUGAUCUGAUAUUACUCAGCUCCACCCUCCCGAUUUUAUUCCAAUAACCCUGGAUUCCUUUACUGAUGAAAAAUCUCUGUCUCAGCCUUGAAUAUACUUAGUUGGGUCAUUAAGAAUUCCUCAGAGAAGACAUUCCUCCUCAUCUCUGGCGUAAAUGUGCAGCCCUCUGAUCCUAGACUGUCCUACAAAGGGAAAUGACUUUUCUACAUCGACCUUGUCAAGUCUUCUAAGAAUCUUGUAUGUUUCAAUAAGGUCACAUCUCAUUUUUUAAUGUUCCAAUGAGCACAGACCCAAAAUACUCAACCUGCCCUUAUAAGACAGUUCCUCCAUAUUUGCAUCAGCCUCGUGAACCUUCUGGAGACUGCAACCAAUGCUGAUAUAAAACUUCCUUUGGUUGAGAAAACCAAAUUGUUCAUAGUGUUCCAGCUGUGGUCUGUCUAGUGCCUUGUACAGUUUUAGCAAAAUGUCCCUUUUAUAUUCACUUCCCUUGGAAAGAAAGGCCAACAUUUCAUUUGCCUUACCUAUUACCUACUGAACUUGGGUGUUAGCUUUUUCUGAUUUAUGCACUGGGACUCCCAAAAUCGCUUUGUUCUGUAGUUUUCUGCAGUCUUCCUCCAUUUAAAUAAUAUUCAACUCUUCUUAUGCUUCCUGCCAAAAUGCAUAACCUCAUAUUUCCCCACAUUAUAUUCCAUGUACCAGGUUUUUUUCUGUCAUUUAAAAUAUCCAUAUUGCCACUGCAGUCAGUCAUUCUUACCACUUGCCUUUGCACCUAUUUUUGUCAUCUGCAAACUUUACUAUCAUAGACUCAUUUUCCUCAUCCAAAUCAUUAAUAUAUAUUGUAAAUAAUUGUGGCCACAGCCCUGAUCCCUGUGGUAGCCUACUAAUUACAGGUUGUCAGCCUGAAAAUGUCCCCUUAACCCAAUUCUCUUUCUUAUGUUAGUUAGCUAAUCAUGUAUUCAUGCUAAUGUACUACUUCCAACUCCACAGGUUCUUAUUCCGUUAGUUAGCCUAAUGUGUGGUACGAUAUCAAAUGCCUUCUGAAAAUUCAAGUUUAUUUGUUUCUUUAUUCAUUGAUAAAUAAAUAGAGGGCAUCGCUGGCUAGGCAGCAUUUAUUGCCAAUCCCUAACUGCCCAUAGGGCAGUUCAGAGUCAACCACAUUAUUACAUCCAGUGCUUCCCUUUUUAAUCAAUCUUGCUUGUUACCUCCUCAAAGAAUUCUAGUAAAUUUGUCAGGCAUGACGUUCACUUUGUGAAGUGAUGUUGACUGUUUGAUCAUGCAUUUCUAAAUAUUCCUAUUACAUCCUUUAUGGUAGACUUUUAACAAUUUCCCAAUAAUGGAUAUUGUUAACUGGCCUAUACUUAUAAAUUUUGUCUCCUUCCCAUUUCAAAUAAAGGAAUUUCAUUGACAUGGAUUGAAAUGAGAAGUACACACAUUUAAAAUUUAAAUCUUAAACUGCUAGGUACAAUUUUUGACUCAGCUAGGAUCUCUGUUCUCAAUGUGGAGGUCUAGAAAGGAACAUCUAGAUCAGGAAUUGACCAUGAAAUUUCAGUCUUGAAUGACUGCAGCAGGAUUAAUUUUAAACUCGUGUAAAUCCAGCUAUUUUUGAACACGAGAUUUCUGGCAAGCUUACAUAUUAGCCAAGGCCAAGAGUUCAGUGGUGCAAAUUAUACAGCAACUUGGUCUACUCCACAACUCUUAUCUCUCCACGCCCAUCUGCUGUGUUGUUUUCACUUUAGUAUCUGCCAGUACUGUGACUCAUCUUGUACAUUGCCAGCAAUUUCUGAUCCAUUGUAAGAAUGGUUUGUGAGCAGGACCAACUGCAGCAAUUCAUAUUAUGCCACAUGUUAUUGAUAUUACAGUACCAGAGCACACCACACUGAUUCAAAUGGAACACUGCAUCUGAACAGUUUAAGGAAUGUGAUACAUUGAAAACAUUAACCUCAGAUUUAGCUGGACUGUAGUGGUUCACAAAGACAGAUCUCCACAGUCUUUAAGGACAACUAGAAUUGGACAAUGUUGGCCAACCAGUGAUGCCAACAUGCCACAAAUUAAUUAAACCGACUGCAUAUUUCAUUUUUCUGUUUUUGAGAUUUCUAGUUCCCAUGGAUAUCUAACAUUUGAUAUAUGCCAUCAGUUUUAUGUAUCAGUUGCUGGGAGUAGAAGUGCUACUACAUUAAUGGAAAGCUCUGAGCUUUUGUGGUAUAGCAAAUACAGUAUAACUGCAAUAAAUUGACUUCUUGAAACAGUCUGUGCUGUUGAAGUCAGCCAAAAGUGUGUCUUUGGCUGCUCCAGAGUCUUGCUCAUCUGUCACCCUGUGCUUACUAACCUAAAUUAGCCUCCAAUUAAGCAACACCUCAGCUUUAAAGUUCUUUUCAAAUUCCUUGUAGCCUCAACUUUUCACAACUGUAAUUAUUUCCAGUUUUAAUGCAAUUAGAAAUCUGGACUCCUUCAAAUGUGUAAUCUUUAGCAUUCCCAAUUUUAAUGCCAGCCAAACCUUCUUUCUCCCUUAAAAUCUGUAUACCGCGCUUUUGAUCAUCUACAGAAAAAGCCCCUUUUGUGCCCUGGUGUCAAAUUUUAAUAUUUCUAUGAAGUGCCUUGGAACAUUUUGCUAUGUUAAAGCUAUUACAUAAACAAAUUUGUGGAGGUGCUGGUGUUGGACAAAGUCAGAAGUCUCACAACACCAAGUUAUGGUCCAACAGGUUUAUUUGAAAUCACAAGCUUUUGGAGUGCUGCUCUGAGAAGUCCCUUCAACUUCAAAAGGAGCAGCACUCUGAAAGCUUGUGAUUUCAAACAAAUCUUUUGGACUAUAACCUGGUGUUGUGUGAUUUCUGACUUUAUAAACAAAUUAGGUGGGUGAAUGACAAUCCUGUGAUACUUAAGCCAAAAUAAUUAUCCUGCUUGCUGAACAGAAAUGGAUCUUAAGUUUUUUUGUGCUAAAAGAUGAAUUUGACCGAAGAAUUAAGAGGGAAUUAAGAGGGAAUUUAGUGGUAAAGGCCAUAAGAAAUAUGAACAGGAGUAGACCAUUCAAACCCCCUUGUGCCUGUUCCAACAUUCAGUAGGAUCAUGGAGUCAUACAGCACAGAAACAGACCCUUCAGUUUAACUCAUCCACACUCCUCGCAUUCUCUCCUACCCUUUCUCCAACUGAUCAAAAAUAUAUUUCCACCUUAGAUAUACAAAAAUGACCCCACAGCUCUCUGUGGCAUGGAGUUCCAUACAGACACAACCCUCAGAAGAAAUUACUCCUUGAAGGUAGACCAAGAAGAAUCUUGCUUAUGGAAAUUGGUUACUGCUUGAUCUUUAAAUAAAAGUAGCCCUCACACCACCAAAAUUAGAAAGGAUUGGAAUUUGUACCAAAUAAAAAAAAAAAAAAAAACAAUGAAAGCUGCAUUUGAUCUGUACAAUAAACUCAAAAGCUAAUAAAAAUUAUUAUUUUGUGUACCUUUGUACUUGAUGUACAGAAAGAAAAACAAACACAUUUGGAAAUAAAGUUUUGAGGAAAUAUAUUUACAAUUUUAAUAUUAAAUGUCAGUACUUUGCUUUGCAGCUUUCAACAAAAUUUUGUUGUUCAACUUUUGCUAUUCAAAAUUAAGGAAGGAUAAAACAGUUAAAAACCUGCAAUUGUUUAAAAUAAAAGCUAUGUUCCAGGAGUCAAGAAGUUCAAGCAGGAUUGAUGCACUAAAUGUAUUAAUAUUUCCAUAUAUACAGUACAAUAUUAGUGAUUAACAGGGCUCUUUAGUUGACUAUACAAUGACAUUGUUUGAGCUAUUUUCUUACAAACUGCAAAAUUCUAUAAAUGUCCAUUCUCUGGAAGAACUAGUAUUACUAUUGCAUCUGAUCAAUUGCUGUAACCCAAAUUCAAUUCAUUUUGUAUCACUAAAACAUUAAAAAGAUGGUUUUGGGGUUGGAAUUCAAUAGUGUGCAUAAUAAGCAAAGGUAUCUGCCACCUAAUGUACACCUUAAUUGAUAUUCCUGUCCAUUAAAUUCAUGAUGUGCUGAGAGAAUAUUUCUUGGCUUAUUGACAAAAUUACACGUCUGCAUAUUUUAUUCACUUAACUUACAGACAAACAUGCAGAACAAGACAAAAUUCCUGUAAUUCUGAUUCUUUCAUUUUGAAAUUCUGAACAAAAACUUCCAAAAAAUAUAGUUAAAAGCUGCCAGAAACCAAAUGUUCAUUACCCAAACAUUUGGGCCAUAGUGCUGAACUAAAAUUUCUUGUGUAAUUUUGAAAUACACCAAUGGCUAAAAACAAACAUGAGAAGACUGAUCACUCAAAUAGCAUUUCAUCUCCCAACGGAUGAAUUAAUGUGUUAUCCAGGGAGGUGGAAACUGUCUGUAGAUUUUACUCUUGAAUGUUAUAACUCCAACUGAAUGCGCUAAACUGUUGCUGCCUGAAUGCAGGGUUGGAUUUGUCUGUGACUAUUUUAAUCAUUAAAUAACUGUUUUUGAUUACA